GUUCUCUGGUAAUACUUCAAAAUAUCAACCAGGUAUUUUAAAACUCCUCACUGACGGCUCGUUCAUCUGCUGUGGAGGUGAAGUCUGAUCAGGGGUUGACAGUGACCCGCAGGAUGGCAGCAAUGGGGACCUGGUCCUUCUCUCAGCCCGCUGUAGAGAAAAUGCGCUCUAUGAUUCUAGACGGACAGAACGCCACUGAUGUAGUAGAGAGAGCAGCUGCAGAUGUUGAGAAUGAUGUGGAGACGGGUCGUCACAUAGUCGGAAGAGGAGGCUUCCCCAACAGCCGGGGGAUAGUGGAGUGUGAUGCAGCAAUAAUGGAAGGUGUGCCAGGGAGAUUUGGGGCAGUAGCUGCAUUGCGAGGAGUAGGGCAGCCAUGCCGGGUGGCACGAAGAGUAAUGGACAGAAGUCCUCACAGUUUGCUAGUUGGUGAAGGAGCUGAAGCGUUUGCACAGGAACAGGGCUUUACCAUUGAAACCAACGACAGUAUGCUCUCUAGCCAUACACUCACUGCAUAUCAGGAAUUCCUUGAAAAUGGUCAGCAUGCUAGUGGUCACGAUACUAUAGGCCUCAUUGCUCUGGAUCUUUCAGGAAACAUUACUGUUGGGGUUUCCACAUCAGGAGCACCCUUCAAAGCUCCAGGGAGAGUGGGGGACUCUCCACUUCCUGGCAGUGGCCUUUAUGCUGACCAUACCGUUGGUGCUGCAGCAGCUACAGGUGAUGGGGACAAAAUCAUGUGCUACUGUCCUAGCUUUCACGUCGUACAGCUAAUGAGACAGGGCUCAUCUCCACAAGAAGCCUGUACUUCUGUCCUCACUGAUAUAAGAAAGAGAAUAGGAAAAGAGAAAUGCUUUCAGAUCGGCCUUAUCGCCCUGAACAUGAAGGGAGAGGUGGGUGCAGCUUCAUCAGUGGAAUUCCCAUACACCUUCUGGAACCAAGGAAUGGAUUCAGUAGAGAAGCGAGUCAUUUCUUAUUAAGUGUAUUCUGCAAGAAUGUAUUUUCUCAAUAAAAAUAACCCUUCUCAGAAAUACA